CUUGACGGCCUCGACGCGACUUGACACCACUGGACACUUGGUGUCGGCUUCUCGGCUUCCGCCUUGCCAUCGGUCAAGAUGAUGAAGGGCUUUGCUUUCAAAAUCUUGACACCGAAGGACAUUACCGGAGUUCUAAACAUGAUUGGCGUGCAUCCAGCAGUGGUGCAGGAGAACAUUGAAAGACCUGGGGCCGACAAUGCGAUGGCAUUUUUCAAUGCACUGGCCGAGUUCGCCUAUGACAUGGACUCGCAACAAGUCAAGGCACAAAUGCCUGCAGGCAUUUUGUACCCUGAAAUUUAUGACGAGGCAAUGGACGUGUUGACAGUGUUCAAGCUCUCGAGGCAGCUUGCUAUGAUCAACCUGGUCGAUGACUUCAAUUUCAAGGACUUUUGGGAUCCCAUCUCGAAGCGCUUUCGGGCUUUGCUUAGUGGAAUGAUCAAUUUCUGUCGCUACAAGGAGGCAAAGGUCAUUGUCAUCACGGGCAUGAAAGAGGACGUGCAAAGCCUGGAUUCUCAUCGUUUGGAACUGGUGGAGAAGCUGAAUCAGGUGGACUCAGAGCUCGCAACCGCGCAAGAGCGCCACAGCGCCGAGUUGCAAGAAAUGUGGCGAGCAGAGAACGAGGUUUCUGAAGCGAAAGCGACAAACGACAAACUCGCCAGACAGCGCAAUUCAGCAGACCGGGUCGUUGAAGAUGCUGAAAAGAAGAGACUUGCAGUCAAGGAACACGUUCGUCAAGGUGAGCAUCGCAUUGAGCAGCUCCGCGAGCAGGUCGCAUCUUUGCAAGGUCAAAUUGCUGAAAGCCCGGAAGGGCUUGAAAAGGAGAUUGACGAGCUGAAGAGUGGUGUCCGUCAGCUUAAGGCAAUCUUGGAAGAGAAGGCAAACCAACGUCGAUCCCACUCACAGCGGGACCAAAUCUUUUGCAGGCUGAUCAAGCACAUGGAAACCUACAAGGAUGAGCUCACCCGUGUCGGAAGCCUGGCAGCCAGCGCAGAUGCUGCCAGACAGCGCUGUACAGCCUCACGCGAGGAGCUAGCUCAGUUGCGUCAGUCACUAGAGGC